AUGCGCAAAGCACCUGCGAGAGGGAAUGCAACAUCGACGAGUUGUGUUGCUGCUCGUUUCUGGGAUGGCACCCCGGCUCAGCCGCACGGAGAGGGCGAAGGGAAGGGAGAGGAGGGCCCUGCCUCCACAGCCACCUGCGAAGGCUUCAUCUGUAGCCAGCAGGGAGCGACCUGCGACAUCUGGGACGGGCAACCCAUCUGCAAGUGCCAGGACCGCUGCGAGAAGGAGCCCAACUUCACCUGCGCGUCGGACGGCCUCACGUACUUCAACCGCUGCUACAUGGACGCCGAGGCCUGCAUCCGGGGCGUGACUUUAACCGUGAUCCCCUGUCGCUUCUACCUCGCCGGGCCUCACACCAGCCCCCUGCCCGAGGACACCACGGCGAACCCCACCCCCACGUCCUCGCAGGAGGACCCCAUGGCUCCCACGCUCUACUCCAACCCUCACCACCAGUCCAUCUACGUCGGAGGCACCGUCAGCUUCCACUGCGACGUCAUCGGCGUGCCCAGGCCCGACGUGACCUGGGAAAAGCAGAGCGACCGGCGCGAACGGCUGGUCAUGAGGCCCGACCAGAUGUACGGCAACGUGGUGAUCACCAACAUCGGGCAGCUGGUCAUCUACAACGCCCAGGUGUGGGACACGGGCAUCUACACCUGCAUCGCUCGCAACUCGGUCGGAGUUCUCCGCGCAGACUACCCGCUGUCCGUCAUCCGCAGGGCCGACGACGAUUUCUCCGAGGACCCCGAGAUGCCCAUGGGGCGCCCCUUCUCGCCGGCAGACUGCCUGGCCGAGGCGGACCUGCGGGUGUGCAGCGGCGAGCGCCACGUCGACUGGUACUACGACAGCAAGCUGGGCUCCUGCGUGGCCUUCAGCAACGGCGGCUGCGACGACAGCCGCAACCGGUUUGAGACCUACGAGGAGUGCAAGGCGUCCUGCCAGCGGGAGGGGAUGGGGAUCUGCUUCCUGCCCGCUGUGCAGGGACCCUGCAAAGCCUGGGAGGCCCGCUGGGCCUGGAACUCGGUGAUGAAGCAGUGCCAGGCCUUCGCCUACGGCGGCUGCCACGGGAACGCCAACAGCUUUCUCACUAAAAAGGAGUGUGAAGCCAACUGCCCGCAGCCCAAGAGGAGGCCUUGUAAGGCUUGUCGAGUGAAGGGGAAAAUGGUUCCCAGCCUGUGCCGCAGCGAUUUUGCGAUAGUGGGGCGGCUGACGGAGCUGGUGGAGGAUCUGGACUCCGGGCUGGCCCGCUUUAGCUUGGAGGAGGUCCUGAGGGACGAGAAGAUGGGCUUGACGUUCUUCAACACCAAACACCUGGAGGUGACCAUCGCCAAGAUCGACUGGAGCUGCCCCUGCCCCAACAUCACCGUGGAGGAAAACCCCCUGCUGGUGAUGGGCGUGGUCCAGGAGGGCAUGGCCAUCAUCCAGUCCGACAGCUACGUCCGAGCCAUCACCGAGCGGAGGCUCAAGAAGCUGCGCGACGUUCUGAGGAAAAAGACGUGCGCGGCGGCGUGA